AUGGACGGCGACGAUUCAAGUAGCCAAUUAUCGGGGUCCGGGAAGCAGAGGAAGAUCCGCAAAACGCCGCUGCAGCUGGAGAGAUUGGAAGAGGUCUUUGCUGUGCACAAGUACCCGUCGGACGACCUGCGCGCGUCGCUGUGCGCGGAGCUGGCGCUCACGGACCGCCAGCUGCAGAUGUGGUUCUCGCACCGCCGCCGCAAGGACCGCAUCCUCGAAAACUCCGCCGCCGCCUCCGCCUCCGCCGCGCCCAAGCCGCCCGCCACCGCAUUCCCGCGCACCGCCGGCCCGCUGGGCCAAGGCCCCGCACGACCUGCUCUCACCACCCCUUUCUCCAUCACCGCCGCCGCCGCCGCCGCCGCCGCCGCCAGCGGUGGUGGUGGAUCCGACGCCGCGGAGUCAGUAGCGUCGCCUAGGCUGGGCGGCGAUGCGAUUGCGGAGGCGGGCGCAGAGCAGCCCGGGGGCGGUGCGCGCGUGAGCAGCCUACUUGCGGGACGCGCGCUUUCUGCGGACGCAACCCCCGCCGCGGCGGCGCGUGCGGGCGUGUUCCGCAUCCCCGCCCUCCCCGCAAAAACUCUCCCCGCCCCCCCUGGCGCGUCUCCCGUCCUCUUUGGCCGUCCCCUCGCCCCCGCGCCUGUACCCGCCGCGCCCCUCCCGCCUGACCCUGCGGAUUCUGCGGAUGCGUUUGGCAGGGGAGACGAGGGGAGGGCGGGGGAAGGGUACGUGUGGUGGCAGGGGGGGGGCGUGCGGAAGCUGUCAGUGGUGGGCGCGGGCAGGGCGCAGAGGGAGGGGGGGGCGGGGGGGUUGUCAGGGCUGAUGGCGCACGAGGAGCUGGAGGAGCAGCAGGACAGCAGGGCUGUGCGCGCUGGCGGGGGGCAUGCAGCGUUGGGUACCGGGUCUGUUGAUCCAGGUGCAGGGGGUGGUGGUGCUGUGGCAUGUGCACGCACCACUCCCCGGGUCGCUGGGAGUGGCAGGGGGGGCGCACAAGGCGCAGGGAGCGCAGGGGGGGUAGGGGGGAAGGGAGUGCAGGGCAGCACAGAGGCGCCACGUGCGCCAGUGGCUGGCGGGGCUUGUAAUGCAACAGGGACGGCCGUGGUAGCAGGCACGGGUGGAGGGGGAGCGGCAGGCACAGUCGGGGCGGAAGGGGUGCGUGGAAGGCCAGGGGGCAGGGGAUCGGCAUGGCAGAAUGAGCAGAGUAGCUGGAGGAGGCAGGAUGGGAGCGGGGAGUGGGUGGCAGGCGGGGAGGAGGAGGAGGAGGGGGAGGAGGAGGAGGAGGAGGAGGAGGAGGCGGUGGAGAGGGUGAGGAGGGGCAUGGGAGGCGAGUACCGGGUGGAAGGGCCGCCAUUGAGUGCCGUGUUUGACCCCGUGCCUGCUCUGCGCUUCAACCUCGCCCUUGUGCGCAAGGCGAGGGUUGGGCCAGGCACGGCCCAGCUGCAGCAGGGGGCAGGCGAGCAUGAUGAGGAGAAGGGGGUGGGAGGACAAGGCGAAGUGGGGGAGGGUGGGAUAGGGCAGGGCGGGGAGGGGCAGCAAGGCACAGCUGAGGCGUCCAGUGUCGCUGCAACCCGCCCUGCAGUGCGCGCCUCUCCCUUGCACGCACUGGACCCGCCACACACGCUGCCCGCCUCUGCCUCUGCCAGUGGGCCGCAGCUCGCUGCCGAUGAGGCCCUGCGCCCUGCCACAGGCGCACCUGCUGGCAUCACUGCCAACGGGACCUCACACCCGUCACCAACUGCUGCUGCUGCUGGUGGUGGUCCGCAACCUGGUCAGCUUCACCACGCGGCAGCAGGAAGGGCGGGCAGAGAAGGGCUGAUGAAGCAGGAGGAGCAGGAGGAGGUGGAGAUGGUAGAGGAGGAGGGCAGUGGGGAGGAGGAGGGGGCGGAUCUGCUGCACCUGCUGACCGCUGCUGCCUCGGGGUCGCCGGGCUUUGCUGCUGGGAGAGGGAAGGGUGUGAUGAAUGGCGUGGGGGAGAAGGGGAGAGGAGGAGCGGGUGGGAGCAUGGUGGCAGGUGGCUUUGAUGGCGGGGAUGGGGUGGCACAAGGGACCAUGGGGAGUGGCGAGGAGGGGGAGGAGGGGUCACAACGAGGCGAGCUGGCAGGGUAUGGGGCGAAGCAGAGCGGCACAAAGCGAAAGAAGCAGGGGGAGGAGGGGCGGGUGCGCAAGGAGCAGCAGCAGCAGGAGAAGCGAGUGAGGCGCGAGGCGGAGAGGCAGGAGACGGCUCAACGCAAGAUGCAGGAGGCGGCACGGCGGGCAGAGGAGCGGCGGCGGCGGGAGGAGGAGAGGGAGGAGCGGGAGAGGCACAAGGAGCAAGCGAGGGAGGCGAGGGAGCGGCAGCGCGAGGAGGAGAGGGAGGCUCGGGAGCGGGAGAAGGAGAGGGAGAGGAUGGUUCGGGAGAAGAAGCGGGAGGAAGAGCGGCAGGCACGGGAGCAAAUGAAGAAGAGCAUUCAGGUGAGCCGCCUGCCCGCUCAGAUACACCCCCCACCCGUCUUCCCCCUCCCCUCCUCCCCCUCGUCACACCCCCCUUCCGUGCGUCGUGUUGGUUGUGUGUGUGUGGCCCAUCCCUUGUGUCUUGCACCUGCACUCUCUCCAACCUUUCAGUUGCGCCAGAGUAAGAGUAGUGCUAUCCACUUGAACGCCUUGCAUGGACCCAACAAAGGCACAGAUGCGCGCAUGGGCGUAGAUGUAGCUGCAUUUGGCGACAGGGGAGCAGAUAAAGCAGAGGGGGAAGCAGAAAAAGCAGAGGGGGGAGCAGAUAAAGCAGAGGGGGGAGCAGAUAAAGCAGAGGGGGGAGCAGCGCGGACAGCGGGCGUGGCAGCAGCGGUGGCGGAGGCAUUGGCAGCAGCAGUGGGCGGGUCGGACACUGCCAGGGCGCUCGUGCUGCACUCCGCUGCUGCUGUCGUGGCUGAGAUCCACUUGUAUCGCACAGCACUCCUCACUCCCUUGUACCACACGCUCCUGCACUGCCACACCCUCCCGUGCGUCCACCAUCCCUGUCAUCCCUCGCAGGCGCGUGAGUGGGGCUUCACGCCAAGCCUAUGGCGCUCCUUGCUGGGACCACUCACGUGGCCUGAGGUGCUGCGCCAGUACGCCCUCGCUGCCGCCUGGGGCCCUCCCCGCCCCACUCCCCGCCGCCGACCGCGCUCCAGAGCUCACUCCAAGCCCCCAGGUAGAGCGGCCGUGCAGGGCCUGGGUGGUGCCGCGGGGUUUGGUGUGGGUGGAGGUGUGCAGCACGGUGACAGCGAUGAUAGUGGUGACGAGGCUGCUGACCAAGAAGCACUCGUUGCUGAUCUGGCAUCAGGCAAGGCGGCUGACGUGGCGGCACAGCGGGCGUUUGAGGAGCAGCAGGCGUGGCGGGAGGAGCAGCGGCGGCAGCUGCAUGCACAAUACCUCGCAUACCUUGCUGCUGGUGGGGGCCGCUUCAGUGACGAUGAGGAGGAGCAGGGGGAGGAAGGGGACGAUAGUAAGCAGGGGCGACAGGCGGCAGGGGCAAGGGUAGGGGCAGGGAGAGGAGCAGAGGCGGGGGACGCGGGAGAGGACAUCAAAGGCAGUGAUGGCGCUGCUGCUAUCGACACGAACGCACUUACCCCUGCCAUUGCGUCUCCUCCUCCGAAGACCCCGCCAGGCAACAGCAGCAGCCCUCGCGUCUCUCCAGUGCCGCGCAUGGUGGCACGGCUGGCGCCCGGCACAGUCAAGUUCGCGGCGUUCCACGUGCUGGCGUACGAGGGCGCUGCUGGGCUGCCCGUGACUCUGCUGGCACAGCGCAUCCAGCAGUGCGGGCUGCGAGACCUGUCUGGCAGCCGCACCCCCGAGGCCACCAUUACUGGCGCGCUGGCGAGAGACCCGCUGUUCCAGCGCGUGGCGAGCUGCACCUACUGCGUGCGCGGGGCGUACAGGCGCAGCGAGGGCGAGCGGGAGGAGGGGCUGAGAGAGGCUGUGGAGCUGGUGAGACGCGCGGCUGAGGGGAGGAGGGGGGAGGAGGAGAGAGAGGAGGGAGAGGAGGAGGGAGACGAGAGAGAGGUGGAGGGAGAGGAGGGAGAGGAUGGAAAGGAGGUGGGUGGUGAGGGUGAGAAGGAGGUGGAGGGUGAGAAGGAGGUGGAGGGUGAGAAGGAGGUGGAGGGUGAGAAGGAGGUGGAGGGUGAGAAGGAGGUGGAGGGUGAGAAGGAGGUGGAGGGUGAGAAGGAGGUGGAGGGUGAGAAGGAGGUGGAGGGUGAGAAGGAGGUGGAGGGUGAGAAGGAGGUGGAGGAAGAGGGUGGUGGGGCAGAGGAGGGAAGGUGGCAGAGUGGUGGGCAAGGGCAGGGCGAGCACAUGGACGUGGAUGGGCAGGGGGGUGCAACCGAUGGGGGGGAUGGGGCGGGUGAGGGUGAUGAGGGCAGGGAGCGCAUUGACGGUGGUGAGGGUGAUGAGGGAAUGGCACAGGAGCGGAGAGAAGGCGGUGCUGCAGUGGCGGGGUUGGUGGGCGAAGAUGUGAAUGGUGGAGCGCCUGUGGUGAGUCAUGCACUGGCCGUGGGUGCGAGUGAGCAUGGCGUGCUGGGUGCGAGUGAGCAUGGCGUGCUGGGUGCGAGUGAGAAUGGCGUGCUGGUUGCGAGUGAGACUGGCGUGCUGGUUCCGGGCCGCAUGGCCAGUAGCCCGUGUUCCAAGGGUGAAGCCAUUCCAUUCACACACGCCACGGAGGCGACUCAUGCAGAGGACGCAUCCGCGCCCGCAUUGAGCCGCCAGGGUGCCACUCUCGAUAGCACGGUGCAUGAUGAGGCGAUGGGCGUGGCAGGCAGUGUGGCGGCGAGGGGCGAUGUGCGGGAGGAAGGGAAGGCGGAGGUGAGGGCGGUGGAUGGGAUGGAGGGAGCGCAUGGGCGGGCCGAGGGCGAGGUGAAGAGUGAAGAGUCACUUGAGGAGUUGGAGGUGGUGCACGGGCAGGGUGGGGAUGACAGGCAGCAGCAGGACGCGGCUGAGGAGGGUGGACGCAGAGGAGGGGGGGAGGGCGGGGAGGGAGAGGCAGGGCAGGGGAGGGCGUGGAUGGCGGCGCUGGGAGGGGCGGAGUACAGCGAGCUCAGUGUGGAGGAGCGCCUUCACCUGCUCGUUGACCUGGUCAACGCAGUCAACGACUCCUCCACCAUCCGCGCUGCCAUUGAGGCGCGGUACGAGUCCCUGGCGCAUCUCAAGGCGGUGCUGUACCCGCGCGGGGUGAGGGAGUCCGCGCUGCUCUCCAACCUGCGCCACCACCUCUCCUCCCUCACUCCACUGCUCUGCACCGCUGCUAUACCCUCCACCACCACUGCACUGACUGCCAGUGCCAUCACCACCACACCAGCUGCCACCACCACUGUAACCCCCACAGCCUCAGCUAGUGCGCCUCAUACGCCUCCUCCACCGCUCAUCUCGGCUGUGCCACCACCCUCACCUGCCAUGCCACCCAACGCACCUGCCACUCCACCCGAAGCACUGGCCACCCCCUCUGAAACCCGCUGCGUGCCGCUUGAACCACCUGUGGGUGUCACAAAGGGGGAGGGGGCCGUGAUGCCGGCGGCAGCAGUGGGAGGUGCAGCAGAUGCCACGCACCCUGUGCCCCUCCCUCCCCACGCUCCUGCUGCUCCCUGUACUCGACCCGGCCAGGCAAGUGAAGGUGGCGCCACGGCAGCAUGGCAAUCCGGGCGUGCAUGUGAGCCCAUGCAGGGCGCUGCUCUCUCCCCACUUGGUCAACCCACGGACCUCCUAAGGGUCGCCCCUCCUGCUGCACCCCUGCCCUCACCUUCUCCCGCUUUCCUGCUUGAAGCUUCUUGGCUGCUUCGAUCCAUUGGGGAUGCGGAGGCCGGGUUGUGGGGUGGGCGGGGUGGUAUUGGGUCGAUGGUAUGUGGUGGAGAGAGGUGCAGUGCGGUGGGAAGGGGAGAGGGUGGAAUGGGAGGCAGGGAGCAGGAUGAGAGGGGGAAAGGGAAGGAGGAGAGGGAGCACCAACAGAGCAGGGGUGGUGGCGAGGUGGUGAGGGGCGGCAGGAUAGCGGAGGAUGGGGAGGGAGAGGGGUUAGAGAUGAGUGAAUGCGAGGCAGCAGUGGAUCGCGAUGUGACUGCCGGUGCUGACGUGGCAGCAGCACAAUGUAGUUCUCUGGGUGCUGACAGCAGGGAUGCAUCAGCAGAGGCACCAGGUGCUGCUGUGGCCUUAGCGGGUGCACAUGUGGUGGCAGCAGCUGCGGAGUCCAACCGAGCAGUGCAGCACGGCACAGCAGGGGCGGGGAGUGAGGCUGCAGGAGCGGGGGAGGCGGGCAGGGAGCAGGGCUGUGGAGCGGUCAUCCCCCCCCGUGUGCGGCGCCUCCAGCACUCGCUGCUGGCUGCCCAGGUGGCAUUGGAGGCGGGGGGCAAGCUGGCAUCGGAGUGGACGGAGGAGAGCAGGCGCAUGUGGCGUGCAGCAGUGCACAUGGCGUGCCAUGCUGCUCACCUGCUGCAGCUGCUAUGCCAGCUGGAGGCCGCCAUUCCCUCCAGCUUCAUCCAUGGCUCCUUCAGCCCCGCGCCAGAUGUCGCCCUGCGAUUGGCUCUCAGGAUGCGAGGCAGGCGAGGUGACCCGGCGGCUCAAGCUUCGGGGAGCGGUUGGGAGAGGGGCGAAGAGGGGGGCGAGAGGGAGGGUGGAGGGGAGAGCGCCAGGGAGGAUAGAGUGAGCACUGCGGAGGGUAAAGGUUGGAGGGGUGGUGAUGAGGAGGCAAGGCGAAUGGGUGGUGCUGGUGGCGAAGGGGGGGAGAGGACAAGAGGAGAGGAGGCAAGGUGUCCGCCAGAGCAGGCAGUUCCUGUUGCUGUUGGGCAGCCGGACUGGGGGCAGAGCGCUGCAGGUGCAGGCGGUGGGAGGCAGGAGGGCGAAUCCACAGGAGAGGGUCGGACGGACUUGUGCAAGGAGGGGGGGCGAGGGGGGAAUGGCAGCGAGGGGGGUGGUAGGGAUGGCCAGCAGCCUCUAGCAAAGCGGAGGACACGGGUCCUCCCUUCCCUUGCUAUGCCGCUGCCAUGUGUGCCCCUCACGUGCGCUGCUGUCGCUCUGCGAUUGGCCGCCCUGGAGGCUGCUGUGCUGGGGGACAGGCGCGGGGAUGGGGGGAUUGGGGGCGCGGAUGAGAGAGGGAGCGAGGCAGGGCUUGGUGGUGAGGUGGGGUGGUGGGUGCCUGAUGAAGCAAGGCGGCUGGAGGGGGUGUGGUGGCAGCAGGUGGAGGCGGCGAGGGGAGAGGAGGCGGUGGAGGGGAUGGUUGACUGGGAGGAGUGGGAGGCGAGGGAGGUGGUGCGGCGCACGCAGGAGAGGGAGCGGGCUAAGGGAAAGGAGGAGAGGGAGAAGCGGGAGGGGAAGGUGAAGGAGAAAGGGAGAGGGAGAAUGCGAGAGGAGGGGAGAAUAAAGGGCGGGAGGGGGCGGAACGAGAAUGAGCGAUCAUUGAGGGUGAAGAAGAAAGUUGGGGUGAAGGUGCGUGGUGGGAAACGAAAACGAAAGGAGGUGGUUGAGGAGGCAGAGGAGGAGGAGGAAGAAGAGGAGGAAGAGGAGCAGAAGCAAGAAGAGGAUGAGGAGGAGGAGGAGGAGGAGGAGGAUUUGCAGGUGAAGCUUCAAGUGCGGACCAAGGGGCUGCGACGCCACGUGAAGAAGAGACGAAUGGGUGCGGGCGAGGGGGGUGUGAAGGACGAGACUGGCACACAAGGCACAGAGGAGGGGCAGGGGGAGAAGGAGGGGAAGGCGAAGAAGCGGGAUGUGAAGAGGGAAAGCAGAGAUGCGGGAGUGAGGCACGGAGUAAAGGCAGAGGAGGGGGCGAAGCAACAGAUGGUAUCACCAGGAGCGAGGGCAGCGCGCAUGAGUGGCGGGGCGAGCAGGCGUGUGCAGCGGUCGCUGUCGGCCCGCUGCAGAGGUGCCGUGCGACGCGUGGGACGGGAGCAGGAGGAGGCGGUGGAGGAGGGGGAGGGGGUGAAGGAAGAGGAGGGGGUGAAGGAAGAGGAGGGGGAGGAUGAUGGGGAGGGGACGAGGGAGGAGGGGCAGGAGCAGCGGGGGCAGCAGAAGGGCAGAGCAUCAAUGUCUCGACAGAAGCAGGCGAGCAAGGAGGAAGGCAGUGCAGCAGCAGCCACUGUGCGACUGCCUGCGUCCAUCAACCCACCCGUACCUGCAGCUUGCUUCACUGCUGCCAAGCCCCCUUCUUUCAGGAAGAGGGCAGCUGCUGCUGGUGGCAGUGGGAGGUGCAGCACUGCACCGGUUGUGCAUUCUGGUGUUGACUCGGACUCAGUCUCUGAACUUGGUGCCCUCGGUGCUGCUGCUGCUGCUGCUCCUGCCAAUGGUUCUGACAAGGAUCACAGUGACGAUGAUAGUGAUGAGAGUCACGACAGUGACGACAGGCGCAGCAGCAGUGAGGAAGGCGGAGGUGACGGGCAUAACAGCCCUGCACGCCCGCCGUCACCAGCAACCGUGAGUGUACCCUCUCCCUCCCGCCCGCCACCGCGCAAGCGGCCGCGCUCCCUGCACCCCGCACAUGCACAUGCACAUGCACAUGCACAUGCCCUGCCUGCCCGAGGCUCCGCAGCUGCUGCUGUGGUGAAGUCCGAGGCUCGGGCAGGGUUGCCGACAGGCUUGGAGGCAGGCUCGGGUGGAGGGGUUGGUGGUUCGGGAGGAAGGCAGCACGUGGUUGGAGCAGGUGGCGGUGGGAAGAGGGUGGGUGGUGGUCGGAGCAGGAGGCAGGAGAGGCAGGAGAAGGAAGAGAAGGAGAAGGAGGAGGAGGAGAUGGAAGGGCGAGGUGGGGAGGAGGGGCUUGCAGGGAGAAGGACGACUCGCAGGCAGGAGAGGUGGGGCAAUGGAACAGUGGAUGCUGAGCCGGCGCAGAGGGGGAAGAAGGGGAAAGAGGUAUGGGCUAAGGCAGGUGGGGAGAAACGGAGAGGGGGAGGUGGAGGGGCGGGUACUGGUGGGGCGGGAGGAGAGGAUGAGAAGCAGGAGGAGCGGAGAGUUGAGACGGGAAGGCCGAGGAGGGAGGCGAGUUUGCGGGCCAGGAAGGCUCAGGAAGAGAUGCUGCUGCGGGAGAGGGGCGGAGGGAUGGAGAGCGUAGAGGAGGAGAGGCCAGGGAGAGGCGCAGUGAGAGGAGCGCGACGGAAUGCCGCUAUUACUGGAGUGGAGAGGAAGGGGAAGGAGAUGGGUGAGAGGAGUGUGGGAGGACGGGGUGGUGGGAGAGGCAGAGGCGAGGCAAGCGCAGCAGAAACGGCAGCAGGUGAGGAGGAGGGUAACAAGCGAGCAUCCAGCACGAGAGGGACAAGACGAGCAGCAGCAGGUGGUGGGAGUGGAGAGCGCAGCAGGCGUGGUGUGAGGCGAGAAGCAGGGCACUCCCCUCAAGCACCUGCUUCUCAACCACCAAUGCACUCCCCUCAACCUUCCCACUCCCCUCAACCUGACUCCCCGCAAGCGAUUCUUUCAGGCUCGAGCAGUGAUGGCGUGGGACAGGGUGAGCGGGAGGACGAGAGGGGGGGUGGGGAGGAUACGGAAGGGCGGCAGCAGGAGCAGCAGCAGGAGCAGCAGCAGGAGCAGGGAGCAGCGAUGCCAGCGCAGUCAGGCAGUGAGGACUCGUCGUACUACCUGGGGUCGCCCCUGCGCCUCGAUCACCCGCAGUGGCCGCCAUACCUCGACCCGUCCUCUGCUGACUCCGCUCCUCGCUUGCCCCCCCUCACUGACUCUCUCACUCGCUCACUGGGUUGUGCUUUUGCUGACAGUUGGCUGCGGUACCUCUGUGACAGGUCUAUCACUUGUCCAGUUUUGACCAGCCACAAGCCAAGCAGCAGUGAUGCCAUGUAG